AUACGUUGUUAGGGCUUUUAUUGUGAAAUAUUUAUGACUUUUCCGGUAUCUGCGUGUCAUCCUUCUUUGGUGGUGCUCGUCAUUCGACUGACAGCCGGUAGCUACGCCUGUUAGCUACGCUCAAACAGCCAGGUUUAACUGCACGGCACUGUGCAGGCAAAAACCUACAUCAAGCCCUUUUCUGCAUUAAAGCGAGUAAUUCCAAUUAUUGUGUGACUGGGUGGAGAAUUGCUGGAUAUCGAGCCGACGUAAGCCGAGAGAGGGUGUCCUCCACGAAUGAUUGACUCACCGUGUGUGGCUAGCUAGCGAAGAAGAGGGUGGGGACAAAAACUUCCAAGACCUCGCCCAACGUUGCUUCAUUCCGGCAGGCAGCUAACUACACUCUUGACGGUGUGACAGAACCACACCAGAACUAACCCGGUUAUUAUCCAGGGGGAGACUGACACAGCGGUGUCAACCAAGGGCAGAAAAACUAAGUUAACGUUACCAUGUUCAGGAAAAACGGAAAGAAAGACCCCGAGUUGUUCCAGAAUGUGUCGGAGGGUCUGCGGCGGCUCUACCGGACCAAACUGUUCCCUCUGGAGGACACGUAUCGAUUCCACGACUUCCACUCCCCCGCACUCGAAGAUGCCGACUUCGACAACAAGCCCAUGGUCCUCCUGGUGGGUCAGUACUCCACCGGGAAGACGACCUUCAUCCGUCACCUGAUGGAGCAGGACUUCCCCGGUAUGCGGAUCGGCCCCGAGCCAACGACGGACUCUUUCAUCGCGGUGAUGCACGGUGAACAGGAGGGGGUGAUACCAGGCAACGCUCUCGUUGUCGACCCGAAAAAACCCUUCCGCAAACUCAACGCCUUCGGCAACGCAUUUCUCAACAGGUUCAUGUGUGCUCAGAUGCCCAAUCCUGUCCUGGAGAGCAUCAGCAUCAUCGAUACUCCUGGAAUUCUGUCUGGGGAGAAACAGAGGAUCAGUAGAGGUUAUGACUUUGCAGCGGUGCUGGAGUGGUUUGCAGAGCGCGUGGACCGCAUCAUCCUGCUGUUCGACGCCCACAAGCUGGACAUCUCCGACGAGUUCUCCGAGGUGAUACGCGCUCUCAAGAACCACGAGGACAAAAUGCGCGUGGUGCUGAACAAGGCGGACCAGAUCAGCACUCAGCAGCUGAUGAGGGUCUACGGAGCACUGAUGUGGUCUCUGGGCAAAAUCAUCAACACUCCUGAGGUGGUGCGCGUUUACAUCGGCUCAUUUUGGGCCCAGCCCCUGUUGGUCCCCGACAACAGGAAGCUGUUUGAGGCAGAGGAGCAGGACCUGUUCUUAGACAUCCAGUCGUUGCCACGUAACGCAGCACUACGCAAACUCAACGACCUCAUCAAGCGGGCACGCCUCGCUAAGGUACAAGCCUACAUCAUCAGUUCUCUGAAGAAGGAGAUGCCGAGUGUGUUUGGGAAGGACUCCAAGAAGAAGGAGCUGAUCUCCAACCUUGGAGAGAUCUACCUGAAGAUUGAGAAGGAGCACCAGAUCUCACCUGGAGACUUCCCCAACAUCAACAAGAUGCAGGAGCUGCUGAAUGGCCAAGACUUCUCCAAGUUCCCAGCGCUGAAGCCCAAGCUGCUCGAGGCCGUGGAAGACAUGCUGGCCAAUGACAUCGCCCGUCUCAUGGCCUUGGUACGCCAGGAGGAGGCCGCCAUGCCCAGCCAGUCUGUCAAGGGUGGAGCUUUUGAGGGCACCAUGUCCGGGCCCUUCGGCCACGGCUAUGGUGAAGGCGCCAGCGAAGGUAUCGACGAGCUGGAGUGGGUGGUGGGCCGUGACAAGCCCACGUACGAUGAGAUCUUCUACACGCUCUCACCCAUCAACGGCAAAGUGUCUGGCGCCUCAGCCAAGAAAGAAAUGGUCAAGUCCAAGCUGCCCAACACAGUCCUGGGGAAGAUCUGGAAGCUGGCUGAUGUGGAUAAAGAUGGCUUCCUCGAUGAUGAGGAGUUUGCCCUGGCCAAUCACCUCAUCAAGGUAAAGCUGGAGGGUCACGAGCUGCCCGCAGCGUUGCCUGACCACCUGGUGCCCCCAUCAAAGCGCGGGGUGGUGCUGGAGCGCGGGGUGGUGCUGGAGGCCCAGUAAUCCAGAGCAGAGGGGCGUGGCCUGGAGACUACCCACUUUUGAAUAGGACUUAGACGCAAGUCCUACACAGCCGUGAGCGUCAUCCUCUCGGAAGCUGUGGGUCUCCAGGAUUCCUAACACACCGUGAGGAGGAAUUGCUGUGAUCUUUUUCACCAGAGAGAGACUGGAGGGAUUCUGUGGGAGGGCUGGGCGGCGGGGCUUUGUGCAUUUGGGGAUAAGUGUGCAGAUAUCUGUGAGGAAUAAAUAAAGGGGAAGUGGGUUGGGUGAAUUGCCAACUAACAGAAGGACAAUACUGGGUUCAGUAAUUCACACGAGAGUUGGAGGUUGCAUGAGAGGGUUGGACAUGGAUUUGUACAUCCUGUGUAAAAGAUGUCUGAUAAGUAUACAGUCCAUAUUAUUAUUAUAUGUUCAUCCAAAGAAACAUAGCUUUUUUCCAUUUGGAGAGAGAGGAGAGAAAUCAAAUCAGCUGUUAGAAUUGUUUUAUCUAUAUUUUUGUAUUUCUGACUGUUAACUUUGAGGCUCUUUCCAAAUGCUUCCCUUUUUAUUAUUUUGCCAGAUAAAUAAAAAGGAAAUAUUUACCAUCA